ACUUAACUUAAUACACCCAACACACAUGUAUUGUUCUAAUCAGAAAUGGGAAAAGCCACUCAAUUCAUUGUGGGCAUUAUCGGCGCCAUGGGCGCCUUUUGCCUGGGCGCUGUGAUCGGAUGGUCGGGACCCGUGGAGACUGAAAUCAAGUACUUUGGGGCCUACGAAUUUUCCCCGGACACAACGGAAUGGGGUCUGGUGGGAUCCCUGAUGACCCUGGGAGCCGCCUUCUCCUGCAUUCCGGUGGGCGUGCUGAUCGGAAAAAUCGGUAGGAAGACGACUAUGCUGAGCCUGCUGCCACCGUUCUUCAUCGGCUGGCUACUGAUCAUCUUGGCGGUGCACAUAUCCAUGCUGCUAAUUGGACGCUUCGUGGUGGGAUUCUGCGGCGGAGGCUUCUGUGUGGCGGGUCCCAUGUACACCACCGAAAUAGCCGAGAUCCGGUAUCGCGGCAUCGCGGGCUGUUUCUUCCAGCUGUUGAUCGUUAAUGGCGUUCUGUAUGCCUUCAUCGUGGGGGCCUUUGCGAACACCCUUUACUUCAGCAUUGCCUGUGCCAUUUGGCCCAUAAUCUAUUUCCUAAUCUUUAUGUGGAUGCCGGAAUCGCCGGUUUAUCUGGCCCAAAAGGGCAAGACGGAGAAGGCGGAGAAGUCACUGCGAUUCCUUCGGGGCAAGGAUGCGGAUGUGAGCGGCGAGCUGAAGGACAUGUCCGCCGAGGGCCAAAAGGAGACGACCAGUACUGGAAAAUUGCUCUGCCGAAAGGUCACGCUCAAGGGUCUCUUCCUCUCCAUCUUUCUGAUGAUCUUCCAGCAGAUGACCGGCAUCAAUGCGAUCAUUUUCUAUAGUACAUUUAUUUUCCAGACAGCGGGAUCCACACUGGAACCUCGAUUUUCUACGAUUAUAGUGGGCGUGGUGAUGGUGGUCUCCACCGUGAUCUCGAUCCUACUGAUCGAAAGACUGGGUCGCAAGGUAUUGCUGCUCAUUUCAGCUGCCAUGAUGGGUGUUAGCACCCUUAUAAUGGCCCUUUACUUUGGCCUGCUGAUGACGUCUGGAGUCGGCUGGUUGGCCCUAAUGGCCGUCUGUUGUUUCAUCAUCGGCUUCUCGGUGGGAUUCGGACCCAUUCCCUGGGUGAUGAUGGCCGAGCUUUUCGCGGAGGAUGUGAAAGCACUGGCAGGAUCGAUAGCCGGAACUACGAAUUGGUUAUGUGCUUUUAUCGUUACCCUGCUGUUUCCGGUUUUGAACCUACAUAUCGGAGCUGCCGCCUGUUUCGGAAUAUUCUGUGGUUUUGCGGUGGCCGCCUUUUUGUUUGUACUCUUCCUGAUUCCCGAGACGAGGGGCAAGACCCUCAAUGAGAUUCAGGCCAAGUUGGGCGAGAAGAAGGAGUCUUGAAACCCGGAAACUAACAACUUAAACCUUACUCAAAAAGUUUCAAUAAUUAUAUUUGUGAUCAAUACUCUUGCCAAAAUUUACAUCAAGUACGUGUAAUAUUCAAGAUAUUUAUAGACUGCUAUAGCAAAUCAUUUGUAAAUUUUUUGGUCUCCAAAGAGACUUAUAAA